CGCUCCUUCUGGCUUUUCUCUCCCUCUCCUUUUUUUUCCCUUCUCCUGUCGAAGCCAUGGAUCGACUUUGACGAAGCUCACCUGACGGGGGAUAACACGAAAGGCAAACAACUGGACUUAAAAAUAAUACCUAAUACUCACCUCAGAGCACACAUCCUCACCGUCGUUACCGUAGGCGGGUACGGGACCAUCCCUUGCUGGAAAGAGGGUGGUUACCUCUUCGAAGAGGAGGAGCUAGGGCCUCUAGAUCUACGCGUACACAACGCCCACACGCAUACACUCGGACACACUAUACGCUAUAGAUAGCUAGGGAUCAACCGCCAGGGACGCCGGGAUGAGGCCCCUCGCGCCGCCGACGACGUCGCUGCUCGCCAGCGGGCUCCUCUCCCUCAUCCUCGGGGGGGCCGGCGUCGCGGGCCUGAUUGAGAACGACUUCUCGGCGUACCCGCUGCAGUCGCAGCAGUGCCUGUACCAAGCCGCGACCGCGAGCCAGUGCCAGGGGGACACGGGCGAGGAGAUGAACACCUGCCUGUGCAGGAACGGCGGUAAUUUCGUCUACGACACCGCCGACUGCGUCGCCAGCAAGAGCCGCGGCGACCUCACCUCCGUCUACGAGACCCUCAAGGCCAACUGCGCCGGCACCGGCGUCACCCUCUCCGUCUCCAAGGCCGCCUUCCUCUCCCACGUCGCCACUGACGAUGACGACGACGAUGACACGGACAUAUCCUCCUCUUCUUCCCUCCCGCCCGCCUCAGCGUCCCCUACCGAUACCACAACAGCGACACAGACCACCACCACCUCGGUCUCGAGCUCAACAUCGGUCUCGAUCUCGACCUCGACCUCAGCCUCGCCCUUGGGCUCGACCUUGGCCCCGUCGCCGGCGGAAAACGGCGGCAGCGGCAGUAGUGGCGGCGGUAACAGUAGCGGCGGCAGCGGCCUCUCGCAGACCGCGAAGCUGGGGCUCGGGCUAGGCGCGGCGUUCGGCGUGAUCGCGCUGGGGCUGCUGGCGUGGUUCGUGCGGGCGUACUCGCGACGGCACGGGGCAGCCGGGGCGGCGCCGUCGGUGGCGCGGCCGUCGAUGAUGGGGCCGGGGCGGCGCAGCAACGGCGACCUGGAGCUGGCGCAGCCGUACGGGGGCUGCGGGUCGCCGCCCGAGUACGCGCCGCAGGGCGGCCAGUUCGGCGACUGGAAGCCCGCCGCCGACGGCGCCGGUGCCGCCUACCCCUACGGCGACGGCCUGUCCAAGCGCAGCUCCGGCGUCCCCCUCCUCGUCGCCGCCGAGCUCGACGCCAGCCCCCGGUCCCCCGUCGAGCUACCCACCGAGAACUACAGCCGCGACAGCGUCGCCUCCGGCAAGAGCACCCCCGCCGCGCCCACGCCCCCGCCCUCGUACUCCGGCCAGCAGCCCCCGGACCGGCCGGGCUGGGGCGGCCUCGAAAAGUGA